GCCGGGGGCCACGAUGGAGCGCGACGGCUGCGCAGGGGGUGGGAGCAGCGGCGGCGAGGGCGGCCGCGUUCCCCGGGAGGGCCCGGCGGGGAACGGCGACCCGAGCGUCGGUCGCGCCGCCGCGGCGCCCGGGGACGGGCAGGCGGCUGAGUCCUUGCUGGCCCCCAUGGAGGUGGGGGAGGAGCCGCCGGAGAAGGCGGUGCGCGCCCGCACGGCCAAAGACCCCAACACCUAUAAGGUGCUCUCGCUGGUAUUGUCAGUCUGUGUGUUAACAACAAUCCUUGGUUGUAUAUUUGGGUUGAAACCCAGCUGUGCCAAAGAAGUGAAAAGCUGCAAAGGUCGCUGUUUUGAGAGAACAUUUGGCAACUGCCGCUGUGAUGUUGCUUGCGUUGACCUUGGAAACUGCUGUCUGGAUUACCAGGAGACAUGUAUAGAACCAGAACGUAUAUGGACUUGCAGCAAAUUCAGGUGUGGGGAGAAAAGGUUGUCCAGAAGCUUGUGCUCCUGUUCAGAUGACUGCAGGGACAAGGGCGACUGUUGUGUGAACUUCAGCGCCGUGUGCCAAGGACAGAAAAGUUGGGUAGAAGAAACUUGUGAGAGCAUUAAUGAGCCACAGUGUCCAUCAGGGUUUGAAACGCCUCCUACCCUCUUAUUUUCCUUGGAUGGCUUCAGGGCAGAAUAUUUACACACCUGGAGUGGCCUUCUUCCUGUUAUUAGCAAACUAAAAAACUGUGGAACGCACACCAAAAACAUGAGACCAGUGUAUCCAACAAAAACUUUUCCCAAUCACUACAGCAUUGUCACUGGACUUUAUCCAGAAUCCCAUGGCAUAAUUGACAAUAAAAUGUAUGAUCCCAAAAUGAACGCUUUCUUUGCACUUAAAAGUAAGGAGAAAUUUAAUCCUGAGUGGUACGGAGGAGAACCAAUUUGGCUCACUGCUAAACAUCAAGGCCUGAAAAGUGGUACAUUUUUUUGGCCAGGAUCAGAUGUGGAAAUUAAUGGAAUUCUCCCAGACAUCUAUAAAAUGUAUAAUAGUUCAAUACCAUUUGAAGAAAGGAUUUUAGCUGUUCUUAAGUGGUUGCAGCUUCCUAAAGAUGAAAGACCACACUUUUACACUCUGUAUUUAGAAGAACCAGAUUCUUCAGGUCAUUUGUAUGGACCAGUCAGCAGUGAAGUCAUCAGAGCAUUGCAGAGGGUUGACAACAUGGUUGGCAUGCUGAUGGAUGGUCUAAAGGAGCUGAACUUGCAUCGAUGCCUGAAUCUUAUCCUUAUUUCAGAUCAUGGCAUGGAACAAGGCAGUUGCAAGAAAUAUGUAUAUCUGAAUAAAUAUUUGGGAGAUGUUAAAGAUAUUAAAAUUAUAUAUGGACCUGCAGCUCGAUUGAGACCCUCUGAUGUCCCAGAUAAGUACUUUUCAUUUGAUUAUGAAGACCUUGCCAGAAAUCUUUCUUGCCGGGAACCAAACCAGCACUUCAAACCUUACCUGAAACAUUUCUUACCCAAGCGUUUGCACUUUGCCAAAAGUGACAGGAUUGAGCCCUUGACAUUCUAUUUGGACCCUCAGUGGCAACUUGCAUUGAAUCCUUCAGAAAGGAAGCAUUGUGGAAGUGGAUUCCAUGGUUCUGACAAUUUGUUUUCAAAUAUGCAAGCCCUCUUUAUUGGCUACGGACCUGGAUUCAAGCACAGCCUUGAGGUUGACUCCUUUGAAAAUAUCGAAGUCUAUAAUUUAAUGUGUGAUUUACUGAAUUUGACACCUGCUUCUAAUAACGGAACUCAUGGAAGUCUUAACCACCUUCUAAAGAACCCUGUUUACACCCCAAAGAAUCCCAAAGAAGUCCACCCCGUGGUACCGUGCCCCUUCACAAGAACCCCCAGACGUAACCUUGACUGCUCGUGCCAUCCCUCAGUCUUGCCAGUUGUGGAUUUUGAGAUACAGUUGAAUUUGACUGUGGCAGAAGAGAAGGUUAUUAAGCGCAGCACUUUACCUUAUGGAAGACCCAGAGUUCUCCAGACGAACACCUCGGUCUGUCUUCUCUACCAGCACCAGUUUAUGAGUGGUUAUAGCCAUGACUUCCUGAUGCCCCUUUGGACCUCUUACACCGUCCACAGAAAUGACAGUUUCUCUGCAGAAGACAUUUCCAACUGUCUUUACCAGGAUCUUCGAAUUUCUCUUAGUCCUGUACAUAAGUGUUCAUUUUAUAAAAAUAACGCUGAGCUGAGUUAUGGGUUCCUCUACCCACCACAACUAAAUAAAGGUUCAAAUCAACUAUAUUCUGAAGCAUUGCUGAAUACUAAUAUAGUGCCAAUGUACCAGAGUUUUCAAGUUAUAUGGCGCUACCUUCACGGCACCCUUCUGCAGAGGUAUGCGGAAGAAAGAAAUGGCGUCAAUGUUGUCAGCGGUCCCGUGUUUGACUCUGAUUACGAUGGAUGUUAUGAUUCCUCAGACACCCUGAAGGGAAACAGCAGACUCAUCCGUAAUCAAGAAAUUCUGAUCCCAACUCACUUCUUCAUUGUGCUGACAAGUUGUAAAAACACAUUCCAGACUCCCUCCCAGUGUGAUGAUUUAGACAGCUUAGCUUUCAUUUUGCCUCACAGGACUGACAACAGUGAGAGCUGUGUGCAUGGGAAGCAUGAGUCUUCGUGGGUGGAAGAGUUAUUGAGGUUACACAGAGCUCGGAUCACAGAUGUUGAACACAUCACUGGACUCAGCUUCUAUCAAGAAAGGAAAGAGCCAAUUUCAGACAUUCUAAAGUUGAAAACACAGUUGCCAACCUUUAACCAAGAAGACUGAUAUUUUUUAUUCCAAAAACACACCAUAAAUGUUUCUGAAAGAACCUUUUAUUUUAUACAGUCCUCUAUUCACGCUGUCGCCUUGUUUGGAAACUGCCGACCAGAGUUAGAGCUGAGAAUCCUCUGUGAUAAACUGUUUCAGGGAACCUCACGGCUUCCGCCCGGCAGUAGAAAAAUACUGUUAUUGAGCCUCGCACAUGUUUGAAUGUGUAAGAGUUGUUCCAAUUUGGGGAAUAAAGACAGACCAUUCCUAAAACUGCUCUUCUACUUCUCUUAAGGGCAGAAGUAGCUGUGAAACUUGUCUGGACACCAGAUAUUUGAAUUUUAUUUUCACUAAUAAACUUUUCUGGAACUGGCCACCAGGACACUAAUGGAUAGGAUUGGAAUAGUUUGUGUUACCUUAGUAUUUUCACAAGGACUUAAAGGUGAUUCUGGAUUCUUUCUGACUUGGAGUUCCAUUCAUUUUAGUUUUAACUGAAAAAAUUAGUAGAAGCAAAAAAUAUUUCUAAGGCCCUCUUUCUGUCUUUGCCGACACCCAUUCAAAAGACAAAAUAUGCGAUCCUGUGGGUUUUGUUUUGUUUUUGUUUUUGUUUUGUGAUUGGGCUUCUUCAGAUUUAAUGUCUUUAACAAGUUAAACUUUGAGGGAAGAUCUGUGAAUUGAGUAAUUGAGUCUCUCUACCUGCUAUAAAAUUUUAUUCUGUAUUUGCACAAAAAGAAAUAUAUUCCCAUCCUGUUCACUGGUAAUUAACAUAGGUUGAAAAUAGCUCUAAAAGUAGCUAUUUUAGACUAUUAAAAAUGUCUUGGUGGAACUUCAGAGAACUUGUCAACACACGCAUGGUGGCAUUUUUCAUCAAGAUGGUAGGAAUGUUUUCCUCUAUGCACAAAAAUGACCCCACCAGCAGCAGAACUAUGCUGAGCUGUUCGUUUUGAAGUUCCAUAGAUUUGGAAAGAAUGCAUAACCAUUGCUUUACAUCUUCUUGGUGGUCAUGAUAAAUGAACCUGACCUCUCCACCGCAUAGACUAUACCUCUUAGUCCCAACCUGUGAACCUUCAAAGGCUUCCUUCGCUUUUAGGCUACGUGGGUUUGAUUAAGGUGUUAUAUUAGUCCACCAAAAAUUUUUAUUUGUCCUUCAUAGGAUGAUCAUUCUUCAACAGACUACAGGCCACAAAAUCCUUUAGAUAAUAUGAUUUGUAUCUAAAAAUUAUUUAAUAAUUUAGAAAGUUUUGUUGUUUUUUUUUUAGUCCCAUAGGGCCCUGAGGGUUUGUACAUUGCUUUUUUCCAGUCUGUCUUCUCUCUGUUGUUCAAUUUGGGUCAUUUCUAUUGUUCUGUCUUUAAGUUCACUGAUUAUUUUCUUUCUCUAAUCCAUUUUGUUGUUGAGCCCACCCAUUGAUUUUUCUAUUUCAGUUACUGGUUUGUUUGGUUUUUUUCCUAAAAUUUCCAUUUGGUUCUUCUUUAUAUAUUUCUUUGCUGAGAAUUUUUAUUUUUUUGCUGAGAUUUUCUAUUUUUUCAUUUAUUCUAUGCAAUUUAUAAAUACUCACUGAAGCAUUUUUACGAUGGCUGUUGGAAAAUUCUUUUCAAAUAAUGCCAGCAUGUGUGUCAUCUCAGGGUUGGCAUCUGUUGUCUUUUUUUCAUUCAAAAAGAUUUUUCUGGUUCUUGGCAUGAUGAAUGAUAUUCAGUGGAAACCUGAAUAUUUUAGGUGUUAUGUGACUAUGGAUCUUAUUUAAACCUUCUGUUUUAGCUGACUUUCUCUGACAUCAGCCUAGUGGGGGACUUAGGGGCACUAUCUAGUUCUUCCAAGGUGUGGUUAUGAGUCCAGGUUUCCCACUCAGCCUCCAGUGACACUUGGGGCGAGAUGGGACCUUUGUCGCUGCUGUGCAGGGUGGGGAUUCCGCUCCCCCUUGGGCCUCCAUUGAUGCCUUCCUGGCUGCGGUGUGCAGGGGGGCCUUGUCACUGCUCCCCUGUGGCGUCCACUGACACUGGGCAGGAAUGCUGGGAAGGCUUUAUUAUGACCAAGUGGGGAUGAAAUGACCAGUUGCCUGCUCAACCUUCUCAGAUACCACCCUGUCAGGGGAGUUAAGGUACUUCAUGACAGACUGUCAAGGCUGGAAGUCCAGGCUCCCCACUUGGCCUUUGCUGGCCUGGUUGCAAUUACUGUUUUCUCUCUUGCUAGGCUACUCCUCUUCCAGUCCUUUGGCUAGAGAGCAGGUCUUUCUUAGGACUUCUUUUCACCUGCUCUGUUGGCAUUUCACAGGUUGUGAUGUCUUCAGCUUCAAGUCUGGGACAUAUGAGCUAAAAAGCAAAAACUCGGGGGAACUCAUCACAGUUUUGUCCCUUGGGUCCCAAGGUCCCUAGCCUGCCUGCCUUCUUCUCUCUACCUUUCGGAAUCUUCCGAAUAUAUAUAAUAUCUAAGCUUUUUAUCUGCACUUAGCAGAAGGAUAUCUUUUAUAUAUAUAUAUAUAUAUAUAUAUAUAAUAUCUAAGCUUUUUAUCUGCACUUAGCAGAAGGAUAUCUACUUCUUUAUAGAAGUGUCUCAUUGAUUUUUAUAUAUUCUUCAAAAUACAUGCAGACACAUGAUUGCCUCUAUGUAAAGCAUCUUAGCAGAUCUUAAUUAAAUGGGUAGAUGUCUCUCCCCUUUGCCAGUCACCAGGUAAUACAAAGAAGGACAAGUAAUAAUCCUUAGAGUUUAGGGAGGGAGAGGAUGGAGCAGAAGUGUAGAUGAUCCCUAAAGGGUGGUAAUUGUUUAAAUGGAGUCAUAGGCAAGGUGCCAGGGAGGACAGAGGAGACACUGGGUGGUGUUGGACAGUUUCGGCAGUGACUUCUCAGAGGUGGUAACAUUUGGGCUAGAACUUCAUGCGAAUUGGAGCUCUUCAGGUGAACAGGAAAGGAAAGGACAUUCUAACAUCCUUUGGAUGGAUACUCUUUGGCAUUUUCCCAUUUACUCCUACUUCUGAUAUUUUCUACAAGUGUUGCUAUGACCAACUUAUGAUAUACAACUACUUUAUUUUUCCUGCUUUGUUAUAAUCAUCUCCUGCUCUUAAAAGUCAGACUAUUAAUGCUAUGCUGACUCUAAAGUGAAAAGCAUCCACAUCUGUUCCUACUUAGCUUGUUUUUUUCACUUGCUCUUACACAGUAUUUCCUUUUUUUUUGUCUUGAAAGAGACCUCUCCUUUGACUGUUUCAUCAUUUUAAAACAUGUGACUGGCCUCCAGUCCCCCAAUUUGAAUGGUAAAUUCACAUGGCUAUAUAUGAAAAUGUCUUCAUCCUACUAUCUACAAUGAAGGCUGUUCUUUGUUUUUCAUAUGCAAAGCAAAACCUUUAUUUUCCCCUAACUUUAUUGCCAUGCCUCUGAUCAGUACUUCUUAAAUGAGGUAAGUAACUUCCAUAUAAAAUUUCAUAGCUAAGUCAGCUCAUUCAUGGCAGAGCAAAGAAUCAGGUGGAACUUAAAAAUAUUUAGUAGAAGUUUCAGAGAAAAGAGGGCAAACUUUCAGAGGAAGAAGGCAAAUGUUCCAGCAGCGUAGGCCAAUCUGUAGAGGACUGUUAGGCCAGUUGGCCCAGUCCUGUUUCAGGAAAGAAGGUGGGUGAGAUUGAAGCUAACACCACCCAGUCCUCCAGGAAAGGCUGUUACCACCCCCCAUUCUGUCAUUAGCUAGAGUAACUAUCCUGCCUUGCCCUGUGGGUACCUGCUUAUCUAUAACAGGAAUGAGCAUUUGAACUUUGAAACUAAAUGUGGUGAUUACACUUCAUGCCAAAGCCUAUCCCAGGAAUCUGGUGUGUUGGUGCUUUCAUAAGCAUUAGGUAAAAUUGUAACAUGGCUACAGUCCAAUGACAUUUUCCUUGUUUUUUGGCAGUCUAAAUAUUGGAAAGGAAAAAGUCUACAAAAUAUGUCUCUAAGCUAAGAAAUGUGGAUUUACCAAUAAAAAUUGUAUUACAGAAA